AGGUUUUGAACUUGAAGAGAAACGACUAAAUAAGAAACAGUCAAGAUGCAUGGUAUGAUGAAGUUUUUUUCUAAUUUUAAGGAUUUUUAUAAUGACAUAAAUGGUGCAACACUGACUGGUGCUAUAGAUGUAAUUGUUGUUGAACAACCUGAUGGAUCUUAUAACUGUUCGCCGUUUCAUGUUAGAUUUGGAAAGCUGGGGGUACUUAGGAGUAGAGAAAAAGUGGUGGACAUAGAAAUAAAUGGAGAACCACAAGAAAUCCAUAUGAAACUAGGGGAAAGUGGGGAAGCAUUUUUCGUAGAAGAAAUAGAAGAAGAUGAUGACGUUGAAAUUCCAGAACAUCUUGCAACAUCUCCUAUACCUGUCUCAGAAUUCGAAAAUUUGUUCAAAGCUCAAGGAAGACGUCUUAGUUUCGAAGAUUUAGCCAAAAUUGAGUUGGAGAAUCAAGAAAAUGAUUAUACCAAAAGAAGAAACACGGCUGACAACGAAAGUAACAAAAUGAGAGAACGUAAUUUUAUUAGGAGACAACUAGUCCUGGGAAAUAUAGAAAUGGGUGAAAAUUCGGCUGAAGAAAUGACUCUAUCUAUGAUGUCUGGAAAACACAGCAGUGAUGAUUUAAGUAAAAGUCAUAAUGAUAUUUCCGAAACGAUAUUUAAAAUGGAUAGUUUGGAUAUUGAAAAUAGCAAGGCUGAUGAGCCAAAGUCUGAAAACGUGGUAAAAAAUGCAACUCCUAUUAAAUCUCCAGACGAGCCUUCUGGUGAGAACAAAAGCAACAAAAAAAGACGAAAAAGGGUUCGUCGAAAAAAUGCACCAAAGAAAUCUACUAGUAUUAAUCAACUGACUGCAAGUCAAAUUUCAGAAAAUAUAGAAACUAAUGAUACCAUAACUGAUAGAAGUUCUUUAGAUAGCAAUGCCUCGGAUCCUGAUAUCAAGGAUAUGCAGAGUAAAAUUUCGAAGAAAGACUUAAAAGACGAUGACAGUGUUAUCCGUAUGGAUAAAUCAAAUAUUAAGAAAAUCGAUGCGGAUUUUCAUUUCUUCAGUGAUACAGAAUUAACAAACACUGGAAAUGCUGAUUCCAGAGCUGGAUCACCAGUUAAUGUUGAACUUGUUCAAUCCGAUUCGGAGUUCGAAGUAAAAGGACGUAAAGGAGAUCCAGUAGACACUACGAAAAGUUGGGAGUGGGGUGGAUUUCCUAGUGUCUCGCAAACUAAUUCGCCAACAAGUGAUGAUUCUAGACAGGAAGAACACAGAUCCAUGUUAAGUGGUAUGUUUUCGUUUAUGAAGCAAAAGCACGGUACUCAGAACCCUCUGGACGGAGGAAUGUAUUUGUCCGACAUUACAUCAGGCAGUGUUGAUCAAGGAGUUGCUGAAAUUUAUUUUAAUACCAAUAAGGACAAGAAAAACAUCGAGGUGGAUUGUGAAUCAGGAAAUGGACCAUCGUUGACCCAAAGUCCCAACAGCGCUGACGGCUGCAAGAGUAUCGAUUCCGAUUUUGAAGAACAACAAAAACUGGCUCAAGCAUUUUCUCAAGACAUCUCCCUCUCAUUGUGUGGUUGGGACCCAGAACCAAAUUGCAACAGAUUUCUAGAACACGUUGUUAAAUUCAGCGAUUUGUGUAACAACCCUUCUUUAUUUGAAAACCCCAAUCUUGUAGUCAGAAUUAAAGAUAAAUAUUAUACGUGGAAAGUUGCAGCACCAAUUUUAACCAGCAUUAUGGUGUAUGGAAGGCCUUUGGUACAAUCUUCUGUCGAUCAAUUGGUCAACAUUCAUAUGCCAUCUAGAAGUCCUCAAGAAAUGAAAGAAGGACCUAAGCAGGAGGCCAGACGAAGUUGGUGGAGUUGGAGACGUGGUGGAACUUCGAGGGAAGCUACUCCUGCUCCGGAAAAUGUCGGCGAAAUCAAUAAGACUGGUGAAACCAAAGACGUUGUGAUAGAAGUUGGGGAAGCGAAAGAUAUUGACAAAGAUGACAGUCAACAAGAUGAUGAGCCUGGAUCUCCAAGUUGCAGUUCUGACAAAUACCGAAAAACUUUGAGACUAACGUCUAAACAAAUUGCCGGCCUGAAUUUGCGUGAUGGCAUGAAUGAGGUAGAAUUCAGUGUCACUACAGCAUAUCAAGGAACGACCAGAUGUCAAUGCCAUUUGUACAAGUGGAAAUGGGACGACAAGAUUGUUGUUUCUGACAUAGAUGGCACUAUCACGAAGUCCGAUGUUUUGGGACACAUUUUACCAAUCGUCGGAAAAGAUUGGGCUCAGACGGGCGUUGCUCAACUUUUCAAUAAAAUAGAAGAUAAUGGUUAUAAACUGUUGUACCUCAGUGCGAGGGCCAUUGGACAAGCUAGAAUCACUAGGGAAUAUUUAAAGUCGAUCAAGCAAGGGGACUUAAGCAUGCCUGAUGGUCCGAUACUUUUGAAUCCCACUUCUUUGAUUACAGCUUUUCAUAGAGAAGUUAUUGAAAGAAAACCCGAACAGUUCAAGAUUUCUUGUAUGUCAGAUAUUAAAGCUUUGUUCCCGACUGAUUCAAAUCCAUUCUAUGCCGGUUAUGGGAACAGGAUUAAUGAUGUAUGGGCUUACAGAGCGGUGGGGAUACCAAUAGUCAGAAUAUUUACUAUCAAUCCAAAGGGAGAGUUAAAGCAUGAACUAACGCAGACUUUCCAAUCAAGUUACUCCAACAUGAGCAUUAUAGUGGACCAGUUGUAUCCAUCUCGUGUCGAAGCUGCUAAUGAUUAUUCUCAAAAUGUCUAUUGGCGAGAUCCAAUUCCUACUAUAGAAGAAUUGCCAGAAAUGUAACUGUUAAACCAUGUCAUCAUGUGCAUUUAUUCGUGUAAACCUCUGUGAUUAGCUUUAGAAACGAUGUGCUUAGUUGUGUCAUUUCAUUGUAGUCUGAAAUUUUUUUACUUUAACUUCUAGAAUAGCAAUCUAAUGUUAAUUUGACACUUAAUUUGAAGGAUAGUAUAAAUAUAUUACAGAAAUAAGAGUAUAGUACUUGUUAUGCUACAUUGCAUUGCUUAGGCAUAUUUUGAGUGCACGUCCCAUCGUGACUUACACAUUGUUAUUUAAUAAUAUGCUUAGAUAAGGAUUUCGGUAACAAAUGACAUGGUUUAACAGUGUCUAAGGAAUGGUUUAAAAUUGAAAUACAAACUCGUUCUUGUUUUGAUUGUUACUCUCGUGAUAUCAUUUAAUUUUGAAACCAUUUCUGUUAAUUAUAAAAAACAUUUCUUAUUGUGAAAAUGAUAUAGGAAAAAUUAGAUAUCUUAAAAAAAUACGAGACAGCUAUUGGAAUAUUAUGUGAAGCUAUUAUAAAAAAUCUUGGUGUCUGCUUCCUAUAAAAAUUAGACAUUUGUAUGACUCAAUUUUAAUUAAUGAAAAAUGUGUUUUUUUUUUAAUUUUUGACUGAUUUAAUUAAAAUUUAGGAAUCACAUAAAAAAUGCUUGGCUUUUUUAUAUAUGACUUAAUACAAUUUCAAUAACCAGUGAGCAAGUAGAUGUUGGAAUAAAUUCGAUAAAACCUUUAUUGGUAAGUAAAUAAUUAAUGCCCGAUUUUGUUUUUUAGAUGCGCAUAUUUCGGUCACUACUUUUUGAAUUGUCUUCUCUAGUUUUUUAAAUGGCACCACAAUUUUUUGAUAACACCAUUUCAAAUAAUCGAUUAAUCGAAAAGAAUUAAUUAAUAAAAAAGAAUCGAUUAAUCAAAAAGAAUAGAUUAAUCGAAAAGAAAGAUUAAUCGAAAAAAAUCAAUUAUCGAUUGAUUGAAAAUAACUGAUUAUUUAUUUUGAUAAUCGCCCGGCCCUAACGUUUUUAGCAACAAAAUUAUUUAAAUGGGAAGUUUUAUUUGAGUCAUUGUACCAAGCGAAGUUUACUGUCGUGACGUAAUCUAUGUGUGCGAUGCACAAAAUGAUGCUAAAAAUAGCGUGGUUUCAAGCAGACACACUGUUUGUUUAACGGAUUUGCUGACCUCUCUUUUCAACUACAGGCAUUUGCGGAAACCUCUCGCGUUCAAUCAAAAUAUUUAUUUAUUUAAUACACUGUUCAAUAGGAAAACUAAUUAAAGAACAGGAUUAUAAGCAAAAAAUAUUCACAAUAUAAACUACAAAAUUAAAAAGUAAGUAGGUUACAAUAAGAAUACCGAUGGACGCGAUCAGCCAAAGCGCAGUGGGGUACCAAAAAAAGUAGAGUUUUACACGAACGAGAAUAAUGAAUAUAUUAAAAUUGAAUUUAUAAAUUAUUUAUGUGAUUUUAAAAUAAUGUGUUUUCAUGAAAUUUUACUGGAUGUUCACUGCACAAAUGAACCAAUGGAGAAACCGUCCCUGCUUAUAUGUAUAAGUUAUUGUUAUCAAUGAAGAAUUAAUGAUAUUGUUGUACGCUAUUUAUGAAUGCCGCUGUACAUAGUACCGUACAUCCAUAACAUACAGAUACGUUUUAAGAUUAACUUAUAACCGCCGUUACGUAACUUAAGAACUUAACGUAAGAAGUUGAAAUAUUGAAUUUACGUAUACUUAUUUAUAAUGUUCGUAACGUAACUUAAGAACUUAACGUACCGUAGAAAGUUCGCCAACUUUUAACUUAACAACUUAACUUAAUACCUUACGGUUAGCCAAUGAGAUAAUUCUGAGUUCAGAAUGUGAUAACUGUCAAUUAUUCUUUUUAUGUUUUUUUUAUAAAUGAAUAGACAAAUACCAUUUGUAAACUAUCAUUCUCCUUUUUGAUGGACGUACAUUAUCAUGAAUGAUUUGUGUUUAUGUUAUUGGGGAUAAACUAUUUAUGAGAUAUGAGUGUUGCUGCAUAAACAUCAAGUCUAGAACUGAAAUAAGACACAAAACUGGUUUGCUAAGAAAGAUUAAAUUCUCAUUAUUGCUCAAAAACAAUCAACAUCUUCGGUAAACUAUUCUGUUUUAUUAUAUUUUUAUAUUAUUGCUUUUAAAGUAGUUAAUAUAUUCUUUAUAUAUAGCAAAAUCAUAAUUUAUAAGUUUUAUUUAGAGGUUAGGUACAUAGUUUACACUUGUUUAUUUCAUAAGGUUAUCAGUAAUUUAAUAAUCUCUGAAAUCAACACGCAUGCUCAACUCUUACGUUACGGACAUUUAUAAAUAGACUUUAUUUUUAUAUCUUAGGUUAAGUUUCUAUGGCGUUAACUUAAGUUACGUUACGGUGGUUAUAAAUUAUACUUUAAAUGUCCUAACAUAUUAAUAUUAUUUGUUACUUUUGUUAGUUUAUUAUUGCACUUAUAUAUUACAAUCUACACAGUCUACAUAAAGAUUAACAAGAAUCUUGCAUAACUGAAUACUGGAUUAUUAAUGGUUUAUUUUGUUUUUCAAUUAAAUUGUACCUUCGUAUUUAACAAGUUAUUUUACUGAUUCUUAAGUAUUUUAAUAAUACUUAAGUAAAAAAUCUCGAAAGCUUUCAAGUAAAAUUAUAUUUUAAGUAUCAAGCACAAGUAAAAUUUGAAAAACUUAAAAUUGCAAGUACAAGUACUAACGUUUGUAUUAAUACUUAAGUCAAAUACUUUAAGUAUCUUUUUGUACUUAAAUUUAGAGUAUGUGCUUUGUUUUUGCUGAAAAAUGUUGAUGUAGUAUCGUAUCCAUUGAAGGUGUGAGCAAAUAAUACAUUAUUUUUGCAGUUAUUAAAGAAAUGUACCCUUUUAAAUAGUACUAUCAAAAAAUGGUGCUGCAGCCAUUAAAAAAACGCGAUGACAUGAUUCGAAAAAUAUACCUAUAGCAAAAUAUGCGCAUUUAAAAAAUAAAAUAGACCUGUGAGAACAUUACUUUUUUUUGACCAAUAAGUAAGUUUUACUGAAAAAAAUUAUGUUGACCAGAAAAUAUACUUGCAUUAAUGAAUUCCAAAUACUGCAUGCUUGUGAGUUCUAAUAAAAAUAAAAUUUAUUAUUUGAAAUAGUUAUUUAACGAACAAAAGUUAUUCUCGAUAAAAUGUUUUGCUUUUCUGAACUACCAUGUGAUCUUUUGUCGUGAGUUCAAAACUAACAGUGAUCUAGUGGAAAAAUUAAAUUACAAGCAAAAGUUUUUGCCAAGAAUAAUAGUUUUCUAUAAAACUAAAAAUAGAUAUUUUCCUCUCUUGUUAACUCAGUUUGUGUGUUAUUAUUACUAAUGAUGAUUAAUGAUCAAGGCAUUCAAUUGCUGAGGUUAUAAAUCUUAUUAAAUUGGACCAAAUUUAAUUUUAAAUAUUUGAAUUAAUUAACUAUAGUAAAUGACAGUGACACAUUUUGAUUUGAUUAAUUAAUUUUACUUGUUCGCCUUUUACUAAAAUCGUUUAUUAAUAGAAAAAUAACUCGAGUACAUUUUUUCAAUGUCGGAUCCUACAAGAUGUAUCUCAUCUCUCACAUACAGAAACCAUUAUUAAAAUACUGCCAUUUCUUUACUCGUCUCAAUUAAAUGUUAAUUGUCGGCAUUUAGACAUUCAUU